UGUCAAUGACAGUGACAGUGAGUCUAGUUUAUUUCUUCGCACGUGUUUAAGUCUAACAUUUUUUAAUCAAACACAAUUAAUAAUUAGAUACGUUUAUUUAUUCAAAAUGCCUCCUUACAAAGAGGGGCUUAAAAGAAAAAUUGAUCAAAAAGCAAAAGUACCUACGUCUAAAACUGAAUCUGAGGAAAAGGAUAACUGGCCUGAAAAAGACGAGGAAUUAAUCCAGAGCGUGUUGGACGGCGACAACGAUGACGUGACGGACUCUGAACAUGAAGAGGCAGGCGAAUCCGCCUCUGACAAUGAACAAGAUGGUGUACUGUUUAAUGAUAGCGCCGACUCCACACUUGGUGAAGAUGUGUCUGCAGACAGUGCCUCAGACGAGUCCUCGGAACUAACAGAUUCAGAAGAUGAUGACACUGAAGAAAGUGAAGAAGGUGAUGAUGAUGAAAGAAGAGAUAAUGACAGUACAGAAACAGAAAGUGUUGACAGUGGAGCAGAAUCAGGAGCCAGUGGCGUGGGGCAAUCAAACAAUGAGUCUGAUAAAGUAACACAACCAACAAAAGGAAAACACAAAAAACAAAAAGUGAAGCAAAUAAAAGAGCAGGCUGCUAAAAGUAGUAUUGAUGCAUUAGCUGACAAAAUUAAAGAAACCUCAGUCACUAUUAAACCUGUUGAACAAAAAGAUGAGUACGAGGAGGGCGACUCAUCUGACGAGGAGGACCGCGUGGUGACGACGGGCGAGGUACCGACCUGGUGGUACCGCGACUACCCGCACCUCGGGUACGACCUGGACGGCCGCCGCAUCAUGAAGCCGCCGCAGCGGGACCAGAUCGACCAGUUCCUACAGAAGUGCUCGGACCCCGAGUUCUGGCGCACGGUGCGGGACCCGCGCACAGGGCAGGACGUGGUGCUGUCGGCGGCCGACCUGCGCCUGCUGCAGCGGCUGCGGGCGUCCAUGCUGCCCGACGCGGCGCACGACGACUACCAGCCCUGGGUCGAGUGGUUCUCGCGCGAGGUGCUCGCCACGCCGCUGCGUGCCUUCCCCGAGCCCAAGAGCUCCUUCCUGCCAUCCCGUAGCGAGCAGCAGCAGAUAUCCAAGAUCGUGCAUGCUCUCAAGAUGGGCUGGACCAAGACUAGAAGAGAGCUAGCCAAGGAAAGGAGAAAGAAAAAGGAGAAGAAGUUCUAUAAUCUCUGGGGCUCGACGACGAACGAAGACGAGGAGAAACUUCGCGGCAUCCACAAACACAUCCCGGCCCCGAAGCGGCCGCUCCCCACGCACGCGGAGAGCUACAACCCGCCGCCAGAGUAUCUACUGGACGAGAAAGAGAUGAAGGAGUGGAAUGCGCUGAGCGAGACGCCGUGGCGGCGCAAGUACACGUUCCUGCCGACGGCGCACGGCAGCCUGCGCGCCGUGCCCGCCUACGAGCGCUUCGUGCGCGAGCGCUUCCUGCGCUGCCUCGACCUCUACCUGGCGCCGCGCGCGCUCAGGAUGCGGCUGACGAUCAACGCGGAAGACCUGGUGCCGAAGCUGCCGUCGCCGCGCGAGCUGCGGCCGUUCCCCACGAGCGAGGCGCUGGUGAUGCGCGGCCACACGGGACUCGUGCGCUGCGUCGACUUCGACCCCAGCGGCCAGUACGCCAUCUCUGGCGGCGACGACGGCACCGUUCGCGUGUGGGAGACGAGCACGGGCCGCUGCGUGCAGAGCGCGGCGGCGGGCGCGGCGGUGGCGAGCGUGGCGUGGGGCCCGGCGCGCGGGCUGGCGCUGGCGGCGGCGGCGGCGGGCGCGCGCCUGCUGCUGCUGGCGCCGGGCGGCCGCGUGGGCGCCGCGCGCGCCGCCGCCGCCACCGACCGCCUGCUGGCCGCCGCGCCGCCUGCGCACGACGUCGCCAUGGACGAACGGACGGCGGCGUGCGUCCGCUGGGAGGAGGUGUCGGCGGAAGACUGGCAGCGCGGUGUGCGCGUGCUCGUGUCGCACUUCAAGCCCGUCGCGCACGUGUGCUGGCACGGGCGUGGCGACUACGUGGCGGCCACGGUGCGGGACGCGACCCGCGGCGUGCUGGUGCACCAGCUGUCGCGGCGCCGCAGCCAGCUACCCUUCGCACGCUGUCGCGGCCUUGUGCAGUGUACGCUCUUCCACCCCACAAAGCCGCUGCUCUUCGUCGCCACGCAGCGUGCGGUGCGCGUAUACGACCUGGUGAAGCAGGAGCUGGUCCGCAAGCUGCAGCCGGGUGCGCAGUGGAUCAGCGCGAUGGCCAUCCAUCCAGCUGGCGACAACCUGCUUGUCGCCUCCUACGACCGCAAGUGCAUGUGGUUCGACCUGCAGCUGUCGCCGCAGCCGUACCAGACGCUGCGACUGCACGGCAAAGCGGUGCGCUCGGUGACUUUCCACCCGCGGUACCCGCUGUUCGCCUCUGCCGGCGACGACCCCUACAUCGUCGUCUCGCACGGCAUGGUAUACAACGACCUGCUUCAGAACCCGCUGCUGGUGCCGCUGAAGCAGCUGGCGGGCGGCGCGGCGCGCGACGGGCUGUGCGUGCUGCAGCUGCGCUUCCACCCCACGCAGCCCUGGCUGCUGGCCGCCUGCGCCGACGGCACGCUGCGCCUCUACACCUAGCUCCGCCUUCCCUUGUUCAUGCUCUAUUCCAUUGUCAUUUAUAUGUAUAUAAAAUCGAUAUCUUUGUAA